UGCUGGCCUUAUUAUCCCCAUUUUAUAGAUGAGAAGACUAUUAACUUGUCCAGCCUGUGAGACUCAAAAGUCAUGAGCUUUCCAUAUAUUCUGCUGCCUUUUCUGAAUGCAAAUUGAAGCAGAUGGAUUUGGCCCUAGACCCGCCUGUUGUUAACUGUGUGGGUCUGCACCCAGCGCUCUUCACCCCUCCGCCCCAAACCAUGAAGUCCCCAUCUGUAAAAUGAAGAACAUGAAGCGUCCAGCACAGGCCUGGCACGAAGUCAGUACCCGGCGAAUUGUACAUUUAUAAAAACAUGCAGUGAAGUGUUUUGCAAACAGCUGUCCCACCUUAGGGGCCCUUGCUGUCACCCCCCGAUCAACAGAGCCUGGAUCUUGGCUCUCGUUCUGUGCUAUCUGGGGUCCAUCUGUGCCUAUGCAAUGAGCUGAAGCCUGUCUCACGACCAGGAGGUGAAGCCUGACCCUAGCCCCAAAUCUCUGCAGGCCUGAACUCCUCUCUCUCUGAAGAAAGGCUGGGCAGGGCCGCCUGUCCUUGCGACACCCAAUCCCUUGGACUGCAAGCCCGCCCCAGGCAUCCAGAUACAAAAAGACUCCAUUUCCCAGGCUGGGAACACUGCCAGCCCCAGCUUGUUGAGGCAGAUCCACCCCUUGGGGAAAGCAAAGAAGGCCCCAGGGGCGGGAGAGGGAGCUCAGCAUCGGCCUUACAGCCAGCUCUUUGCACUUGGUGCCCACUCCUGGGGGACAAGCCCAGCGGGUCCCACCAGCAGGCGGCACCUCCCCCGGUGGGAAAUUAGGAGGCAAGCAUACGCUACCUCUGGACUGUAGUACCUGCCCGUUCGCCAGGUGGAGCCUGAAAAUGCCAUUAUUCAACAACAACAACAAAAUGGAGCUCCUGUAUGCCAGGAGCUGGGGAUCCAGAGAUAGAGAAGUUGCUGCGUGCUGAGCUUCCACCCUCUCAAGUGGUAGUGACUCGAACACACAGAGGGAUCGAUGUGUGAGUGGUCGUUACGGUGGGCAGACAACUUCGUGGCCCAGGGCUGCGGAGGGAGCAAGGAGCACAGCUUCCAGCAUCCCUUUCUCCAGGCAGUGGGCAUGUUCCUGGGGGAGUUGUCCUGCCUGGCGGCCUUCUUCCUGCUCCGCUGCAGAGCUGCGAGGCACCCAGAGGCCAGCAUGGAUCCUCAGCAGCCCUUCAACCCCCUUCUUUUCCUGCCCCCUGCCCUGUGCGACAUGACGGGGACCAGCAUCAUGUAUGUGGCCCUGAACAUGACGAGUGCCUCCAGCUUCCAGAUGCUCCGGGGCGCAGUGAUCAUAUUCACAGGCCUAUUCUCAGUGGCCUUCCUGGGGCGGAGGCUGGCGCUGAGCCAGUGGCUGGGCAUCCUUGCCACCAUCGUGGGGCUGGUGGUUGUGGGCCUGGCCGACCUCCUGAGCAAGCACGAUGAUCAGCACAAGCUCAGCGAAGUGAUCACAGGGGACCUGUUGAUCAUCAUGGCCCAGAUCAUCGUCUCCAUCCAGAUGGUGCUCGAGGAGAAGUUCGUCUACAGGCAUAAUGUGCACCCGCUGCGGGCGGUUGGCACUGAGGGCCUCUUUGGCUUCGUGAUCCUGUCCCUGCUGCUGGUGCCCAUGUACUACAUCCCCGCCGGCUCCUUCAGUGGAAACCCCCGAGGGACGCUGGAGGACACGCUGGACGCCUUCUGCCAGGUGGCCCGACAGCCGCUCAUCGCCCUGGCGCUGCUGGGCAACAUCAGCAGCAUCGCCUUCUUCAACUUUGCGGGCAUCAGCGUCACCAAGGAACUGAGCGCCACCACCCGCAUGGUGCUGGACAGCCUGCGCACCAUUGUCAUCUGGGCACUGAGCCUGGCGCUGGGCUGGGAGGCCUUCCACCCUCUGCAGAUCCUGGGCUUCUUCAUCCUCCUGAUGGGCACCGCCCUCUACAAUGGGCUGCACCGCCCGCUGCUGACCCGCCUGGCCAGGGGCCGGCCCUCAGCAGACGAGGGCGAGCAUGAGAGACUGCUCGCUGGUCCUCGGACUCCCAUCAAUGAUGCCAGCUGAGCCUCUGGUGGGUUCUCUGCUGCUACCUGGAUGCACCUUGUCCACCCUGAGGCCGAGGGCACACAGUGGACAGUGUGCUGUCCCCAAGGCCUCACCCUGCCCCUCCUCUCAGACCCCCGACCCCCCCCCCAGAGCAGCUGCUGCCACAGGAGAUGACCAGACACCCGGGUGCUCCUUUGUCACCACCCCCUACAGCCCCCACAGGCCUGAGUGCAGUGACCUACCCCCUGCCAGGUUCCCACCCCACACCCCCCAAGCCCCUCCUGCAGCGCUAGCACUAAAUCAUGAAGUGGUACUGCAGGAACUAACAACCCUAAGAUGUCCUCCUAAAUCAUAAGCUAAAUUUGGUUCUCCAGAGAAGAGGGGCCAGUGAACAAAUUCAAACCAGAACUAAGCGGCGUAUUUUCUAGAACUUGUAGGCUCUUCGCUAACCCUGUCUUGGAGACCUAAGUUUUAGCUGGACUCUGCCACAAACUCAGCAUAUGUCCCCCAGCCCAUUACCUACCGGCCCUGGGCCUUGGGGUCCCGUCUGUAAAGCAGAAGGUGCAGAUGCUGUGGCUUCCGUACCUUCCAGCCUCAGCCGGGCCCAUCCUGUGGGAAGGGAGGAGCCCAUUCUUUGGAAAUGCCCCUUUGCCCACAGUGCCUCCUCCGCAUGCCAGUGUUGGUCCUUGCUCCCACGCUCUCAAGGCCUCCCUGCCUGGGGGAGAUGUCAGGGGGAAUUCCAAGCAGCCCUUAAUAGCAGCUUUUAUGAACUCUUCACCUUCCAUUUUAAAGAUGAAAAGACUGAGGCCCAGAGACGUAAGUGGCUUUGUAAGAAGGCUCUCCUGCUGUGGACUCUGGCCAUGCACUUGGGAUCCAGAGCACAUCGGGACCUCAGCCCCACCCCCAGCAACCUGACUCCCUAAAUAUCCCUCCAGGGUGAUGAAUUUACCAGCACUGCACCAUUUAGAGUAAUUCUGGUAUCCUAGGCAUGUGUUAAAUGCUCAGCGAUAGUCCUCUGGCGUAACAACCUGCUCAAGUGCGUGCAGAUGAGGAAGCCGUGGCCCAGAGGUGGUUAACUGGCUUCCUCAACGGAGCCAGCAGUCCAAGCUAGGUUUGCCUGAUUCCAAACCUACAGCUCCACCCACCGUACAGGUCUCUGGGGUCUUUGGGGUAAAUUUCCCAUGGCCAGAAUAAAAGCUUCACGUGCUUUUGUCCUCCCCACCCUGAAGAGAGGGGACUGGCAUUGGGGACCCCAAGGAGCGGAGCAGCCCUUCCUUAUGGAGUUCCUCAUUCCGUGGCAGUUUCUGGAACCUCAGACCAUUUUUCUGGGCAGCUCAAUCAAAACAAAACACCGAAUGCCUUCCUUAAAAUAGGUUCUGGGGGAAGGGAUCUUUGACAAGCAAAGCCCUCAGGCUGUGUGGAAAUCAGCAGGUUAUUACAGUUUAUUGGGAGAGGAGGGCCUCUCCAUGCCACCAGCUCCGAGUCCCAGGGGCCCCGGAGCUUCUGUGGGUCACAGUGUGUGCCACAAAAGAAGGAAAUGGAGGGCGAGUGUGGUGGGGACUCCAGCCGCCCUGUCCAAAAGAACUGGGGCCUUACAAUGUCGUUUUAGGCUCUAUUUUUAAAAACAAAAGGGAAAUUGGCA